UUUUAAAAGGGCCGGAGAUUGCGGGCGUCAGUGGCCAUGGCGGAUACAGCGACUACAACAUCGGCGGCCGCGGCUAGUGCCGCUAACUCCUCGACCGACGCACCUCCUUUCCAGCUGGGCAAACCUCGCUUCCAGCAGACAUCCUUCUACGGCCGUUUCAGACACUUCCUGGACAUCAUCGAUCCCCGCACACUGUUUGUCACUGAGAGACGUCUCAGAGAGGCUGUGCAGCUGCUAGAGGACUACAAGCAUGGGACCCUGCGCCCAGGGGUCACCAAUGAACAGCUCUGGAGUGCACAGAAAAUCAAGCAGGCUAUUCUACACCCGGACACCAAUGAGAAGAUCUUCAUGCCCUUUAGAAUGUCAGGUUACAUUCCUUUUGGGACGCCAAUUGUGGUCGGUCUUCUCUUGCCCAACCAGACACUGGCAUCCACUGUUUUCUGGCAGUGGCUGAACCAGAGCCAUAACGCCUGCGUCAACUAUGCAAACCGCAACGCUACCAAGCCUUCCCCGGCAUCCAAGUUCAUCCAGGGCUACCUGGGAGCUGUCAUCAGUGCUGUCUCCAUAGCUGUGGGCCUUAACGUCCUGGUUCAGAAAGCCAACAAGUUCACGCCAGCCACCCGCCUUCUUGUCCAGAGAUUCGUGCCAUUUCCUGCUGUAGCCAGCGCCAAUAUCUGCAACGUGGUCCUGAUGCGGUACGGGGAGCUGGAGGAAGGGAUCGACGUCCUGGACGGUGAUGGCAACCUCGUGGGCUCCUCCAGGAUCGCAGCCAGACACGCCCUGCUGGAGACUGCGCUGACACGAGUGGUCCUCCCCAUGCCCAUCCUGGUGCUACCCCCGAUCGUCAUGUCCAUGCUGGAGAAGACAGCUCUCCUGCAGGCGCGCCCCCGGCUUCUCCUCCCUGUGCAAAGUCUUGUGUGCCUGGCAGCCUUUGGCCUGGCCCUGCCAUUGGCCAUCAGCCUCUUCCCGCAGAUGUCAGAGAUUGAAACAUCCCACUUAGAGCCUGAGAUCGCCCAGGCCACGAGCAGCCGGACGGUGGUGUACAACAAGGGGCUGUGAGUGGGGCCAGCGGCCUGGGGGCAGAGCUUUGUCCAGGCCAAGGAGUUGGGGGCAGGGAAGAAUUCUCACGGGCUCUACCUGCCAGGGGGCACCCCGCCAGUGCUGGGCCACCUGGGGGAGCACUUCCCCCGCAGUGGUAGGAGACUAACCCAUUCACAUUUUAACAUAGAGGAGAGGAGAGGAGUCCUGGCGUGUUUCCUAUAAAAAAUAAUCAAGUGCAUUUCUGGGCCUUACGUGGGGUUGUCACAACUCCAC